AUGGCUACGAUCCAGACCGUCAAGGCAAGGCAGAUCUUCGACAGCCGUGGCAAUCCCACCGUCGAGGUGGACAUUGUUCUGUCAGAUGGGACUUUGGCGAGAGCUGCUGUUCCAAGUGGUGCAUCCACUGGAGUUUACGAGGCCCUUGAGUUGCGUGAUGGAGGAUCAGACUACCUUGGAAAGGGUGUCUCAAAGGCUGUCAACAAUGUGAACUCAAUCAUUGGACCUGCUUUGAUUGGCAAGGACCCAAGUGAACAGACUGCUAUUGACAACUUCAUGGUUCAACAACUCGAUGGAACUGUUAAUGAAUGGGGUUGGUGCAAACAAAAGCUUGGUGCAAAUGCCAUAUUGGCAGUGUCUCUUGCAGUUGCCAAAGCUGGGGCUAGCGUCAAGAAAGUUCCUCUUUACAAGCAUAUUGCCAAUCUUGCUGGCAACAAGAACUUAGUGUUGCCUGUUCCUGCAUUCAAUGUCAUCAAUGGAGGAUCACACGCAGGAAACAAACUUGCAAUGCAGGAGUUCAUGAUUCUUCCUGUUGGAGCUUCCUCUUUCAAAGAGGCCAUGAAGAUGGGUGUGGAAGUGUAUCACCAUCUAAAGGCUGUGAUUAAGAAGAAAUAUGGUCAGGAUGCAACCAAUGUUGGUGAUGAAGGUGGUUUUGCUCCUAACAUUCAGGAGAACAAGGAAGGUCUUGAAUUGCUCAAGACAGCCAUUGAGAAGGCUGGAUACACAGGCAAAGUUGUCAUUGGAAUGGAUGUUGCUGCCUCUGAGUUUUAUGGAUCAGAUAAAACCUAUGACCUAAACUUCAAGGAAGAGAAAAACGAUGGUUCCCAAAAGAUCUCAGGAAAUGCUCUCAAGGACCUUUACAAGUCAUUUGUGAGUGAGUACCCUAUUGUGUCAAUUGAAGAUCCAUUCGACCAAGAUGACUGGGAACACUACGCCAAGAUGACAGCUGAAUGUGGAGAACAAGUACAAAUUGUGGGAGAUGAUCUGUUGGUCACCAACCCCAAGAGGGUUGAGAAGGCAAUCAAGGAGAAAUCUUGCAAUGCUCUUCUUCUCAAGGUGAAUCAAAUUGGAUCCGUAACUGAGAGCAUUGAGGCCGUAAGAAUGUCCAAGAAAGCUGGGUGGGGUGUUAUGGCCAGCCACCGCAGUGGAGAAACUGAGGAUACCUUUAUUGCUGAUCUCUCUGUGGGUUUGGCCACGGGACAAAUCAAGACCGGAGCUCCCUGCAGGUCGGAGCGUCUUGCCAAGUAUAACCAGCUCUUGCGAAUUGAGGAGGAGCUCGGUGCAGAGGCAGUCUAUGCUGGAGCCAAGUUCCGCGUACCCGUUGAGCCCUAUUAG